AUGUUUUCGCAAUCUGUCAGAUUAUUAGAACUUCGUUCUAGCAGGGCCACGGUUGCCAAAAGGUUCUUUGGUUCCGGUUUAAGACUGCUGCAAGAGCAGGCCGUGAAGCCGGUCGCUUCGGAACCAUCGGUUUUCAGGAGAGCUGGCAAAGCACUGUUGAAAGUUUCCCUUUACAGUGGGUUGCUGGGUACAGGUUAUCUCUCGUAUCAGCUGUACAAGGAGAAACACCCUGCUCCACAGACUCCGCAGUCUGCCACGUUUGUCAACGGCUCGCCAAGAAAGACUUUGGUGAUCCUUGGUACCGGCUGGGGUUCGAUUUCUCUUUUGAAAAACUUGGACACGUCUCUCUACAAUGUUAUUGUUGUUUCUCCCAGAAACUACUUCCUGUUCACGCCUUUACUGCCAUCGACCCCUGUCGGCACGAUCGAGUUGAAAUCCAUCGUUGAGCCCGUCAGAAGCAUCGCCAGAAGAGUGCCUGGUGAAGUACAUUACUACGAAGCUGAAGCGCUAGACAUCGAUCCGGAAAAUAAGACUGUGAAGAUCAAGUCUGUGAACAAAGAACACGAGUAUCAGCUUGAUUUGAAAUUCGACUAUUUGGUUAAUGGUGUUGGCGCUCAGCCAACCACUUUUGGUAUCCCGGGUGUGUUUGAGAACGCUUCCUUUUUGAAGGAAAUCAGCGAUGCUCAGGAGAUUAGAAUGAAGAUUAUGACUAGUGUUGAGAAGGCUGCUUCUCUGCCACCAACUGAUCCUGAGAGAGAGAGAUUGUUGAGCUUUGUUGUUGUCGGUGGUGGCCCAACGGGUGUUGAGUUUGCCGCAGAAUUGAGAGAUUACGUCGAUCAAGAUUUGAGUAAAUGGAUGCCUGGUUUGAGCAGUGAAAUCAAGGUCACUUUGGUCGAAGCUUUGCCAAACAUCUUGAACAUGUUUGACAAAUCUUUGGUGGACUACGCCGAACAACUCUUCAAGCAGGAUAGAAUUGAUUUGAGAAUAAAGACAAUGGUUAAAAAUGUUACAAAGACAACAAUUACGGCCAAAUGUGGUGAUGAGAACGAGGACAUCCCGUAUAGUGUCCUAGUUUGGGCAACCGGUAAUGCGCCAAGAGAGGUCUCUAAAAAUCUAAUGCAGAAACUGGAGGUUCAAGAUUCUAGACGUGGUCUAUUAAUCGACGACAAAUUGCAAUUAUUAGGUGCUCAGGGCUCCAUCUUUGCUGUCGGUGAUUGUACCUUUUACCCAGGUUUGUUUCCAACAGCCCAAGUUGCCCAUCAGGAAGGUGAAUAUUUGGCCAGUGUUUUCAAGAAGCUUUACAAAAUCGACCAAUUGAAAUGGCAAGCAGCUCAAAAGAACGAUGCCGAUGAUUCAAAGAUUCAAAACAGAAUAAGCAAAAUACAAGCUCAAAUCGUUCCUUUCAAAUACCACCAUAUGGGUGCUUUGGCUUACAUCGGCUCUGAUAAAGCUAUUGCUGAUUUGGCCGUUGGUGACUCCAUGUAUAGAUCUGCCGGUUCUUUCACUUUCUUAUUCUGGAAAUCUGCUUACUUGGCCAUGUGUAUGUCUUUCAGAAACAGAGUGCUUGUCGCUAUGGAUUGGGCUAAGGUUUACUUCCUAGGCAGAGACUCUUCUGUCUAA